AUGCCCGAGUAUCAAGCCCCAGCAGAUGAUGAUGAUGAUGAUGUAUGGGAUUUAACGUGGGAGCGACAGCUCAAGAAUUUCGUUUCAAGAAUCAUUUUGCUGGCGAAAGACGUCCGGAGUCUCGACGACGACCAAACGCCCGACAAUAUAGAGAUUAUACCGAAUACUCCGGACAUAAUACCCGACACACCGCUAGAAUGGGCCGUGGAGCACAAAAGGCAAUCUCGUCAACCUAUUCCUGGAUAG